AUGAAUACUCCAAGCGACAAAAAUGUUUCGGGCCAUGAGGACGUCGAGAGCGCCUCACAGGCUGCCCUCAUUGAUUACAAGACUUUGACCUGGUGGCAAGGUGGCAUUGUCCUCGCUGCCGAGACUGUCUCACUUGGUAUUCUCUCGCUCCCUUCAGUCAUGGCCAGUGUCGGUCUGGUUCCAGGCAUCAUCCUCAUCCUCAUCAUGAGCGGACUGUCUACAUACUCGGGCCUGGUACUAGCCGAGUUCCGCGAGGAAUAUCCCCAUGUCCAGAACUUUGGAGAUGCUCUCGAGGUCAUCGGGCAGCCCAUUGGCAUGGGUGCCCUCUUCCAGGAGAUUUUCGGCUGGGCCCAGGUCAUCUUCCAGAUCAUGGUCAUGGGCAGCCACCUUCUGACCUUUACCAUAUGCAUGAACACCUUGACUAAUAGCUCUACGUGCACAAUUGUCUGGGCUGUAGUCGGCCUCGGCGUCUUUUGGGUCCUCAACCUCCCACGGACCCUCAAAUAUACCAGCUGGAUGUCUCUCGCUUCUUGCUUGUCCAUCAUUGUUGCCACUUUGAUGACCGUCGGUGAUGUCUCAGUUGGGCACUCCAUCGCCGGGAGCUGGACCAUCGCUCGAUCGCUCCCUUUCCCCACCGCAUUCCUCGGAGUCACCAACAUCGCCAUUGCAUUCUCAAGCCACUCGUGUUUUUUCAGCGUCAUUAGCGAGUUCAAAAAGCCCGAGGACUUUCCUAAAGCCAUGGCCUUGCUGCAAUUUAUUGAUACAUCCUUGUACCUGAUCGCCGCUAUUGUCAUCUACGUAUACGUUGGUGAAAAUGUGCCCUCCCCGGCGCUUUCAGCUGCCGGAAGCAAAGCCAUGCGCAAGGCGAUCUGGGGAGUGGCUAUCCCAACAAUUGUCAUCGCCGGAGUCAUCUACGGUCAUGUGGCUGCCAAGUACAUCUUCGUCCGCCUGUUCCGCAACACCAAGCAUCUAGAACGCCGGACCAGGCUCUCCACCGUGUCUUGGUGGGGUGUCACCUUCGUGAUCUGGGCUCUCUCCAUGAUCAUCGCCGAGUCCAUCCCUGUCUUCAACAGCCUGCUGGGUCUCAUCGCUGCCGCCUUCGUCAGCUGGUUCUCCUACGGCCUGCCCGGUAUCUUCUGGCUGUGGAUGCACAAGGGGGAUUGGUUCAGCAACUGGCGCCAGUCAUUGCGCUUCUGGGCUAAUGUGCUGCUGCUUGUGUCUGGUAUUAUGCUCUGCGUUCUGGGAUUGUGGGGGUCGAUCGAGGCGAUCGCGAGUGAGAAGAAGACCAAGCCUUGGGCGUGCGCGAGUAAUGCUGCCGAGUAG